GAGUAUGGUGUCGGUGAUGCUCGAGCUGAGAGGCUUCUCCGUCCUUCGGGACAUUUAAGGACGUCCAUCUGUGUGUGUGUGUGUGUGUGUGUUUUAUUUCUAUCAUAACCACAUGGAUUACAUUAUUUAAACACUAUUCUGGACUAAAAGCAGCCCAUUACGCACAUCCACCCAAAGCGCAGCGCCCUGUCUCCAAUGAAAUAUCUCCCCUUAGGAUCACUCAGUAAGCGGAUCGAGCCCAGUGAGACCAGCGACAGUCCGAAGCCUCGUCCCGGUGCCGUGGUGUCUCUGUUGACCCCUCUGGACCCACUUCGGCAGGCAAAGCGGCUUCCCAUCCGAGUCCUCAAGAUGUUGACGGCGCACACUGGACACUUGCUCCACCCGGAAUAUUUACAGCCUUUGACGCCUGCGCCAGUGAGCAUCGAGCUGGAUGCCAAGAAGAGUCCCCUGGCCCUGCUGGCACAGACCUGCUCUCAGAUCGGUAAACCGGACCCUCCGUCCUCCUCCAAGCACGGCUCCUCCAGCAGCCAGGGGGACAAGGAGUCCAGCAGUCGGUCGUCCGGCUCCAGCCUGAAGCUCGGGGAGAUCCGCCCCUCCCUGGAGGACAAGUGUAGCUUCAAGCCCUACAACAAAGGCAGUGGAGACUCUCGCAGAGACGGAGUCACCAGCAGCAGCUCCAACAACAGUGGUGAUAAAGUGGGGUUCAGGGUGCCCAGCAAUAAUGUCACCGCUAACGGAAGUUCAACCAAUCAGUCCUAUCCGGCCCACGCUGCCUCUCCCAGCUCCAGAGCGAGCAGCAGCACCCCACCAGGACAAACUCAGCAGCAGCAUCACAAACCGAGCCAGUCUCCAGGUGGACAGCCACACUCUCAUCCUCCUGGUGGAGAAGCUGCACACGAGCAAGGCAGUCCCACCAGCACCACCAGCAGCACCACCAGCAGCAAUAAUAAUCAUCCCAAAAAGGACGCGGACGUAAACAAAGCCGGCUCGGACAGUCCGCACGACCACGCCAACUCCAGCCACGGUCGAGCCGUCACGAACUGCAGUAACAGCAGCUCCGACGGCGGUUCCACCCACGAGGGGGGUAAAGCGGACUCCGCCCAUCCUCACCUCGGACCCGGACGCAUUACGCCCAUUUCUCCCUACAAGACGAGCCAGCUCUUCCCCCUGCCCUCCUCUAAUAUGGGCUACCACGGGUCCGUCGUGGGGGCUUACGCCGGCUACCCGUCCCAGUUCCAUCACGGGCUCGAUCCGACAAAAUCUGGCCUCGGCAUGGGGGUACCGGGAAAGCACCCGAGCUCCAGCCCUCUCACGGGCGCCUCCCCUCCGUCCUUCAUGCAGAGUCUAUGCAGGGACCCUUACUGUCUGAGCUUUCCGAGCAUGUCCCACCUCGGCGGUAGCAACUGCAACUCCUGCAUCCACGACCCGUCCCCGGCCUUAAAGUCAAACUUCCCUCUGGUGUACCCGUCCCACCCGCUGCACUCCCUCCACCCGAGCUCCAUGUCGUCCAGCGUGUCCUCCUCCCUCUCGCAUCCCCUCUACACGUACGGCUUCAUGCUCCCCAACGACCCGCAGCCCCACGCCUGCAACUGGGUGUCGGGGGGCCCGUGCGACAAGCGGUUCGCCACGUCCGACGAGCUCCUGGCUCACCUGCGCACACACACGGCGCUGACCGCCGGGAUGGACAGUAAGAUGCUCUCCGUGUCCUCCUCCGGACCGGGGUCCUGCCACCUCCACCUGCCCCCCCACCAGAGCAGCCCCGGCUCCAUGCCCGGCUCCCUCUCUCUCAGGGCGCCGCCCGGCCUGGGUUUAGCUCGCUAUCACCCUUACAGUAAGGUCCACCUGCCCCCGGGACCCUCCUCCAUCUCCCUGCACUCUCUGCCCACCACAGGCCCGUACUACCCGCACUACGCCCUCUACAGUCAAAGACUUGGAUCUGCAUCUGCUCUGGGCUACCAGUGAUACACACCGUCCACUCGUAUGUUCAAAGGAGCGGUUCGACAUAUUGGGAAAUGCGCUUAUUCGCUUUCUGGCAUAGAGGCCGCUGAGAAGAUUGAUAACACUCUCGUAUCUUUCUCUUAAAUAUGAAACUACAGCACGGUUAGCUUAGCUUAGCACAAAGACUGGAAACGGGGAAACUGCUAGCCUGGUUAGCAGUUUCCCCGUGAGAGGGCUUGGAACAAAAUGCACCAACCAGCAGCUCUAAAUCUUGUUUGUUUGAUACAUAAAAACAAAGUGUAAAAACAUAAUUUUGCUAUUUUAUGGAGGACCAAUUUCCAUCAACACGCCUGGAAUCCAUCCAAAAAAAUUGUCCUGCAAAUAACCCCUUGAAAAAUGGUAAAUUAAAUGCACACACUUUAGUAUUUGUAGGUAUUAAUCAAACAAGAUAUAACGUGCUAAUAAAUUGAGCUUCAGAGGUGCUGCUGCACAGAGUCAGGCUAGCUGUUUCCCUCUAUUUCAAUGCUUUGUGCUAAGCUAAGCUAACCAGCUGCUGCCUGUAGCUUCACAUUUAAUAGAGAGAAAGAAGAGUGGUGCCAUUAUUCUCAUUUAAACUUUUCAACCAGAAAGCCGAUAUGCGAAUUUUCCCAAAUGCCAGACUAUUACUUUUAGCUUUGACCUAAUUGCGGCAAGUUGCUGCUUCCUCUGACUGGAUUCAAGUGGAACUAGGAUGUGGAUGGUGCUGGAAAAUCCUGGAUUUUAGACUUGAGUGCAUCUUCACACUUUCUUAACACACUAUAUUUGAGAUUCUGUGUUUUUCUAAUCAGGCUCCACUCCUAAAGAUCAGAGGACCACGUGAGGCUCUUGCAUGUCUGCACACAUUGCUGGGAUACUUUUUUUUUUGCGGCACAAACGACUGCCCUUGGGUGACUUUUGCCGCCCCUCGGGCUCUGCAAAUUGAUGGGUUGGACGCUGCGUAAUAGCUCUGGGAUGUUCAGGGUUUUCUCGCUGCAAAUGAUGAUGAUUUAGUGCGGAAAAAUGUGGUGUGGCAGGGAUGGCAAUAAGCUGCAGCCGUGGGCCGAUGCGAGUCUGGCCACAGUCGCUUUUCUCCCUGCAGAGAGAUGCAUGUGAAGCCCGACACAGCAUUCACUCUUUAACUGUUUAUCCAGCCCGAUGGCUUGAGAUGAUUUGUUUUGGUUCCUUUAUGUUUUGUUUAUUCCUACUGAGAAGCUGUAUUUAUUUUUUAACCGGGGAUCUGGCUUUUCUUGUUUACCAUAUAAAUCUAUUCUCAUUUUACAAACCCUCUGAGCAGACAUGUUGGAAGCCCAGAUGACAGAUGUCGAAUACGUCUUAAGAACUUCCUCGUGAACGAAUGUUGAAACCACAUCUCUCUCUCUCUCCCUCUCUCUCUCUCUCUUUUUUUCUCUCUGAACUCUUCAGCUUUUUUAUUAUUAUUUCCACAGCAAAUCAAUAAAAAUGAGAUGUGAUAUUUUUUAUGUAAAAUUUGGAGCCCUGUGGUGGUUUCCAGUUAAAGUGGAGGUCAUAUUUUGUUAAAUA